CGUCAGCUGCCGGGGCCGGAUCGCCGAGAGGAGUGAGCGGCUCGCUCCGGGCGUGCAGUGCUGGCGGUGGCUGCUCCGACACGGCUGCCGGCCCGGUGCAGUGCGGCGAUGGAGCCUGCAGGCCUCACCCUGAAGCUGCUGCUGGUCGCAGACAGCGCUGUGGGGAAGUCCAGCCUCCUGCGGAGGUUCACGGACGGCGCCUUUGAGCCGCGUCUGAAACCCACCGUCGGUGUUGAUUUUAAAGUGAAGAAAAUGGUUGUGGAGGGCCGUGCAGUACAGCUGGCCGUAUGGGACACAGCAGGACAGGAGCGCUUUAGAACUCUGACUCCCAGUUAUUACCGAGGAGCUCAAGGAAUUGUUUUAGUGUAUGAUGUUACAAGGAAAGACACUUUCACAGGACUACAGGGAUGGCUGAAUGAGCUGGAAAUGUACAACAGCAACACUGUGAAGAUGUUGGUUGGCAAUAAAACCGAUAAGCCUGAUCGUGAAGUAGAGAGAAAAGAAGGGCUCCAGUUUGCUAGGAAACACUCACUGCUUUUUAUAGAGACCAGUGCCAAGACACAGGAAGGAGUGCAACAUGCCUUUGAGGAGUUAGUCAUAAAGAUCCUGCAGACACCAAGUCUUUGGGAUAAGAGCACAGAGAAGCAGGGAGUCCAGCUAAUGGAAUCUUCAGCACAGCAGGAUGAAGGCUUAUGUGGGGCAUUCUGUCCUCUUACUUAAAUGUACAGGUGGCUGUUCUGCCUGACUGGGGGGACUCAAAAAAAAGGGGUGGGGGUGGGAUACCAAGCACUCAUCUGUGCCAUGGUUGACAUGCCAUCAGUUGUGCAGAUCCAAAACACAAACUCAUUAGCAAAAUACAUUUUUAUUCAUUAACAAAAUACAGUUUCUCCUUCCUCUUCUGCACUACUGCUAUCUGCAGGUAUUUUUCUGGUAGCUCUCAGAUUUUUCACUAUUUAAUCAUAGUGCUGCUUAGAGCAUUGUGCUCUUGCUUUAUGACAUUCAGCAUGGACUUUUGCUGAAUUCCUGCCUUAGCAUAAAUAAGGUAAUAUUCACUUCUGGAAUAUUACUGAAAAGCUUCUCUUCCCUGGGCUGGCAUGGGAGGCUUUUAGGCACCCAAGUUCCCUUAAUGUAAUUGGCCAUCAGGAGUUACCCUGAGCAGUGGACAUAGUUUCCCGAUUUUGAAUGGUUUUAAAAAGUCAGAAUUGCUACAUGGCCCCAGAUAGUAGCUGACUUACUAGUUAAUUUUCGGGUUGUCAUGAAGAGGAUAUAUUUUCUAACAUUUGUCAGGAAAAUCCCCACUUCCUGUACAAUGCCCUGUAGGUGACCCUCUGCUGUUCUCACACACUUUGCACCAAGGAUCAGGAUGAAAUGCAGGCAGCAUCACUUUGGGCUGCCUCACACCCUGGCUGUGGGUUUUGCACUCAUCGUGGUUCUCUGCAAACCCAAACCCUCAUCCUCUUCCAGCAACCACAGUGAUAAAACUCAGUUUAAUAGAAAAUGUGCUGCCUGUGGAAGACUUUCCACUAGGAUGAAUCUGUCACCAACCCCAUUAUGAAGUUAUCUUUCACCUUUUACACUUUUAAUGGCAAUAUUGUAUUUCGCUAACUUAUAUUAAAAUUACUGAAAAUUUAAGGUGUACCUUAUAUGUAACUUGUGCCUUGCUUCUCUUAAUGCAUCUUUCUACUAUUUGAUUGUUAGAUCAUAAAACAAACAUACAGCUUUACUUACUGCUAGCCGUUCAAAAUAUUUUAAGAUGUUAGGAUAGCAACCUUGCUUUAAAUAAAUUCUGACUCUUAGUUUUAUUUAAAUUAAAUCUGAAUCUUCUAAACAUG